CAGUCAGCAAACAUCCCUGCCCUCAGGAUGGAGAAUGAUCUCAGCAGCAUUCAGGCCAGGGAGCUGGACCAGUUUAUAGAGGAUCACCUCCUUCCUGACCUCACCUUCCUGACGGAGGUCAGAGCAGACGUGGAGCUCAUAGGUGCUUUCCUGGAGGAGAGAUGCUUCCAAGGGGCCGACCACCCUAUGAGGGUCUCCAGGGUUGUGAUGGGUGGAUCCUAUGAUGAACACACUGCACUCAAGGGCAAGUCAGAGGCCAAAAUGGUGGUGUUCUUUAACAAUCUCGCCAGCUUUGAGGAGCAGUUAAAGCGAAGGGGAGAGUUCAUUGAGGAAAUUCGGGAACACCUGUGUCAGCUGCAACACGAGAAACAAUGUAAACUGAAGUUUGAGGUCCAGAGCUCAGAGGAGCCUAACUCCAGGUCUCUGAGCUUUAAGCUGAGCUCGCCCCAGCUCCUGCAGGAGGUGGAAUUUGAUGUGCAGCCAGCCUAUGAUGCCCUGUAUGAACUGAGAAACAACAAGUAUGCUGAACCCCAAUUAUACAACAAAAUCUACACCCAACUCAUCCAUGAGUGCACCACGCUGGAGAAGGAGGGCGAGUUCUCCAUCUGCUUCACCGACCUCCAUCAGAACUUCCUGAGAUAUCGCACGUCCAAACUGUGGGAUCUUAUCCGUCUGGUCAAGCACUGGUAUCAACUGUGUAAGGAGAAGCUGAGGGAGCCGCUGCCUUCACUGUAUGCCCUGGAGCUGCUCACAGUCUAUGUAUGGGAACUUUCGAAUAAAAAUCAAGAAAAAACCACAGCCAAGAGCUUCCGGACUGUCUUAGAACUGGUCGCCUAUUACAAGGAUCUUCGAAUCUACUGGACAUGGUAUUAUGACUUUCGACAUGAAGAGGUCUCUGCCUACCUGCAAAAACAGGUCAAAAAAGCCAGGCCUCUGAUCCUGGAUCCAGCAGACCCAACAAGGAACGUGGCUGGUUCAGACUUACAGGCAUGGGACCUGCUGGCAAAGGAGGCUCAGAUCUGGAUGCAGUCCUCUUGCUUUAGGAACUGUGAUAUGUCCUUUGUGCCCACCUGGAAUUUGUCGCCAGAGAAACAUGAGUGUGUCUUCCAGUGAGUGAUGCAACACUUGCUCAGAAGGCUCCAGAGUCAGGGUCACGGCCUCCUCUGCUGUAAGACCUUGACCUAGAGAGGACAGGAUGGUGCUCAAGGCUCCAGCGAGGGGCAUCCUACCUGUGAUCAGACUCCAGGCUUCUACUCCCUGCCUGCCCACGGACAGCCUUCCUCACAGCCUGCUUCGUCUGCCUUAACCUCCAACAGUGUUCUCUGGGAGUCAGGCUGUGAUGGCCAGAGAAGAACACAAGCUUGACUUCCAUCUGUCCACCUGUUGGGAGGUUCUGUCCAGUCGUGUCUGAUCGUCAUCAAUAGACCACAGCAAGACUCGGGGUGGGGUGUGCACUGUGAGGGAAGGAACUCUAGAGUACACGUGUGCCUGUGUGUUUAAGGAUGCGGUGUGUCCAUACCCAACUAGAAAACUUGAGCAUGUGUUACAAGCUCCACAGGGGCCCAGGUUAUUGCCAAAAGAGCAGCGGAGAGAGCAGAACCAAACUGCUACACGUUCUGAUGUUGGGUAGCUUGGGAUCCUUCCAGAUCUCCUACUAGAAACCCAGACGAGAAUCCAUGGCUCCUGCUGUCCAUUCUCCAGUGACAAGAUUCUAGACCUUCCCCAUCCCACACGGAAACUGUUCUCCAACCUCACAUGACCCUGGAGCUCUGGGAAUCUGGCCAGUGUGCAUCACGGUUUGCUGAUUCUGCAGCACGCAGACUGAGGUCCAUGGCAGUGUGGGGAAAAAAAAUUGUGUGCAAUCUGUGAGCAAUGAUGACUUGAAAACUUAGUUGUCUGUGUGAGGGUGAGAUUUGGAAGCACUGAAUUAAAUCACAAUGCACUGACUCAAACUCAAAACUGGUUCAUUAUUUCUCCUUCAUGUCCUUUCUUAAUUGCUGCCUUUCUAUAUUUCAUUCUUUUUUUUUAAACCUUUGCUUUAUUAAAUCUCAUAUGUCUAGCC